AUAUAAAAACCGCGCGCGUUUUGUUGCAAUCCCGUCAGCCUCCACAACGCUCUUCGUUCAGCAUGGCGACGAAGUAUAACAUCGGCGACCCUGUGUGGGCUAAAAUGAAAGGCUUCUCCCCGUGGCCAGGAAAGGUGGCCAACCCGACCAAAGAGGUGAAGAGGCCGGCACUAAAGAAGCCAAUGCAUUGCAUCUUCUUUUUCGGAACCAACAACUAUGCAUGGAUCCAGGAAGACCAAAUCAAGCCAUAUGAAGCCAGCAAGGAGCAGUUUUCAAAGUCCAGCAAGACAGCCAGCUUUAAGGAAGCCUUGGAAGCCAUUGAAGAUUACGUCAAGAACCUUCCAGAACAACCGGUCAGAAGCUCUGAUCUGCCCAGCAUUGAUGAGGAGAUUUCCACAAUAUUCCCUAAUGGUUCUGUGAGCCCCAUAACGAACACACCAACCAAGGGCUCGCCAUCUGCAAGAGUGGCUGCCUCCGAAGAUGAGGUUGAGGAGGCACCUGCAACCCCUGCUGUGACACCGUCAAAAGCGCCCCAAAAGCACCAAAGGAACCUAAGGAACCUGUACGACUGACAAAGAGCCAAAACGGAGA